AUGCCCUCAUGUAACCUUCUCCCCGCCUUCUUGCCAGAGUUCCAGGCGCUGAUUCUUGCUCAAUAUUUUCAGUGUAUCCGACUUCCAAGUCGUCAUAAUAAGCCACCUAAGAAAUCCGGUAGCAAUGCACCCCAAAAAGAGGUAGCAUUACCGGCGCGAUUGCCGAAUGAGAUCCCCCGGAGUGAGGUCCUCGAUGUGGACCUGUCGAGGCCGUUUGGCCUCGUUCUGGAACCGACCUUACCAUUACCCAUCCCUGAGACGGCGAACAUCAUCUUCAAUAAUCCCCACCCAACCCCUCCCAUCAGCUAUGAUUUCUCUCUUCCAUGUAGCUCACCUGCCAUACCGCCUGUAUUUCCCGCUUUCUUGAAGCCAUUGCCAGCCAGGCUCGACGCAACGGACACGCAGUAUCUUCAAGCCAAAGGCGCCCUAACUCUUCCAAGCCUCGAGUUCCAGAAUGCGCUACUCAAGGCCUUUGUUGAAUAUGUCCAUCCUUACAUGCCGGUGCUUGACCUUGGCGACUUCCUCAAUAUCGUCUAUCAUCGCGAUGGUUCCAAAGGACAGACAAGCUUGGUUUUGUAUCAAGCUGUGAUGUUUUCGGGCGCAGGGUUUGUCAGUAUGGAUGAGAUUCACAGGAAUGGCUAUUCCACGCGGAAGGACGCCAGGAGGGCUCUCCUACAACGGGCGAGAUUGCUCUACGAUUUUGACGUCGAGUCAGAUCGGUUUCUUCUCAUCCAGACUCUACUCCUGAUGACGUAUUGGUAUGAAGGCCCAGACGAUCAGAAGGAUACAUGGCACUGGCUGGGCAUCGCCAUCUCCCUAGCUCGCUGCAUGGGAAUCCAUCGUGAUAGUGGAAACAGGAUGACCCAGUCCAAGCGGGGACUUUGGAAGCGUGUUUGGUGGUCUGCCCUGAUGCGUGACCGUCUCCUUACCCUCGGCUUGAGGCGGCCGACUCGUAUCUACGAGAAGGACUUUGAUCUGCCUAUGCUCGAGGAAGAUGACUUCGAUAUCGGGGUCAUAGACAGGCACCAUAGUGGUAUCCUUCCUAACUGCGAGCUUAUCCGAAAUGUGGAGAUGCAGCGUGACCUCGCUUUGCUAUGCAUAGCCAAGGUGAAGCUUCUGGUGUGUACGGGGCACAUUCUCGAUGCACAAUAUGCCAUGAAACCUCGCGAAACCUUGAAGCCGGGGAGGACUGCAGUCGAAAGCACCAUGAUGAUCUUUCCCACGAAGGCACUCGAAGCAGAGGAAAUCAAUCGUGCGGACGAGGAGCUCAAGGAGUGGAGCAACUCUCUUCCAUCAUGCUGCGAGGCCCGCCCUCUACAAUCAUCGGACAAACGCGAUGGCUAUGCCAGCAUCGCAGUCCAACGGGCUCUACUGCACAUGACUUAUGGUGCCACGAUCUUGGCCCUCCACCGAUGCCGGUUCCUCCCGAACCUCCCCGCAAAGGCCUCUUCCUCGUCACCUGCGGAAGUUUCAACUCACAAGGCGCGCGAAGCCGCCAUGCGAAUCACACAAACAGCUGCGGACUUGCUCGAAUGGAAUCUCGAAAAGUUCCUCCCCGCUAGUGGCAUCACCGCCUUCCUUCCCAGUGCAAUCGUCUACCUUCAGCAGAUGAGACACUCCGAUCCCGAGGUGCGGAGCAACGCCAUCCACUCCUUCCGCGUAUGUAGAGAAGUGAUAGAAAAGAUGCGUGUCUUGUACGUUACCGGGGAUUUCGCGGCACUGCUACUUGACGCCGGCCUCAGGAAAUUUGGCCUUCACGACCUGGUAAAUGGCUCCGAGACAGGAAAGGGGGUGAUCGAGACUGCGAGUGGAAUGCCCACGCCCGAAGACUCUCUGAGUAACCUCAGAUGCGAAUCUGAUUCAAUGGAAGAGGGGAUGGAAGUUGACAAGCCCGAGGCUACCCUUGCAAACCCGGGUCACAUUUCAGUAAUGGACAUCUUCUCACCGCCUCCGGUAGAUUUUGUGGUUGGCGAUACAGGGUUACUGGAAGUCGGGAACCACCAACCCGACGACGACUUUGGUGUACUAAACCUUUGUAACAUGGAUCUGGCUAUGUUGGGCGAGCUUACCGAGUUGGAUUCAAACGCGUUGUUUCAUCAGACUGCGGGGACGGAGGAGUGGUGGACUGAGUCUGGGUCCAAAUAA